CACAGGUCUCUGAGAAACCAACACACCUAGCACAACCAUGGGCAGGAUCACCUUCUUCGAGGAGAGGAACUUCCAGGGACGCUCCUAUGAGUGCAUGAGCGACUGCUCCGACAUGUCCUCCUACCUGAGCAGGUGCCAGUCCUGCAGGGUUGAGAACGGCUGCUUCAUGGUCUAUGAGCGUCCCAAUUUCAUGGGCAACCAGUUCUUCAUGAAAAGAGGCGAAUAUGCCGACUCCAUGAGCUUGAUGGGCAUGAGGGACUGCAUCAGGUCUUGCCGUGCUAUCCCCAUGCAGCACAGAGGCCAGUUCAGGAUGAAGAUCUUCGAGAGGGAGAACUUCAGCGGCCAGUCCCACGAUCUGAUGGAAGACUGCGACAACAUCAUGGAGCGUUUCCGCAUGAACGACUGCAUGUCCUGCCAGGUGACGGACGGCCACUGGCUGAUGUUCGAGCAGCCCCACUUCCGCGGCAAGAUGAUCUACGUGAAGCCCGGCGAGUACCGUAGCUUCAGGGAGCUGGGCCUGAGUAGCAUGAGGUUAAUGAGCAUGAGGCGCAUCAUGGAUAUGUAAAAGUUGUUCCCUGCAAUGUUUCUCUGAAAAGAACAUAAAUAAAUAAAAAACAUAAA